CAGCCAUGGGAUCACCGAUGUACUUAGAAAUUGUUGGCUUAAUUAAAGACCCAAAUUUUCACGUUGCCAAAAGUAUUGCUGAGGGACUGAAACAGAAGUUUCCUGAGACAUUUUUGGACCCCAAAAUCCAACCACUUCUUGAAUUUGAUUGGCAAAUGUAUCUGAGCAACAAGAAAAGGGAGCUGUGUGGUGAAAUAUGGCAGUAUUCCAGCAGCCUGAUGUGCUUUCUGAACGGCCUUCUCCUUGGUAAUGAAAAGGAUCUUGCUAACUGGGCCAACAAGCAGUGGGAUUUCACUGUCACUCGCCCGCAGGCCUUCUAUACGGCUCUCGCUGAGGACGACUACGUCAAACACCUCCAGAAGACUGGGCAUCAGUUUGUUUUCAUGGACAUUAAGAUAGCAGAAGAAGAAGUAGGGAGAUUCUUGUUUGAGCUGUUCUCAGAUGUGUGUCCAAAGACAGCAAAGAAUUUUGAGGCGCUGUGCACAGGAGAGAAGGGACUGUCCCAGGAUGGCCUCCCGUUCUGCUACAAGGGUUCGCUGUUUCAUCGAAUUGUGCCAAACGGCUGGGUGCAAGGUGGAGAUAUUUCUCCAGGAAGUAAAGGUAAUGGUGGAGAGUCAAUCUAUGGACCAACUUUUGAAGAUGAAAGCUUUGCUGUUUCCCACUCUAAACGUGGCAUUCUGGGAAUGGCGAAUAAGGGUGUUCACACCAAUGGAUCCCAGUUCUACAUCACCUUGCAGCCAACACUCUGGAUGGACAGGACCUAUGUUGCCUUUGGGCAAGUUGUUGAGGGUUUCAACAUUCUGAGAAAGUUAGAGGAAGCCCCCACUCGCAAUGAAAGACCUCAGUAUGCAUGUAGAGUAGCAGCUUGUGGCAUCUUUAAACCAUAA